AUGAAUGACAAUAAUCUGGUGAAUACUGGAGAAUAUAUGAUUCAUCGAGGAUCUGGAAAUACCUUGACGGUGUGUUAUUAUGAAAAUGUAACCAAUGACAAGGCUUUCUGGAAAAGUGAAAAUUCCUUGAUUAGUGCUCUCCCUUUCUUCGUCAUUCAAUUGAGCAUCAUGAUGUUGUGCAUUCGCCUUCUCUUCUUUCUCCUCAAACCUCUUCGUCAGCCACGUUUCUUAGCUGAGCUACUUAGUGGUCUCCUCGUUGGUCCAACUUUCUGGGCAGACACCCCCUUUUUUGCAAAAUAUAUACAUCCUAUCAAGUCCACCAAGACCCUGGACACCAUGGGACAGUUGGGUCUCGUUUACUAUAUGUUCCUUGUGGGUCUAGAGAUGGAUCUAACCAUGUUGAGACACAUUGAGAAGAAGGCUCUGUCUAAUGCCGCCGUCGGAAUUCUACUUCCGCUGUGCAUGGGAAUUGGAUUGUAUUUCCUCUUCAUGGAAUUCAAACAACCAAAAACAAUAGGCAUGGGUGGUGCAGUGUGGGCUAUUACCCUCACUGUCACAAGCUUCUCAGAUCUUGCUCGAGUGCUUUCGGACAUGAAGCUUCUCCAAACGGACAUAGGAAGAUUGGCCUUAUCUUCAGCAGUUGUUUCUGACCUUGUUGCUUGGGCUCUUCUCGUCACCACAAUAACAAUCGUUAACCAACAUUUUUAUUACUUGAAUGUCUUAGCAAUCCUUGUGUUCAUGUUCUUAUGUUGGUUUGUGGUGCGUCCUGCACUCGCAUGGCUUAUUCGCCUCAACAACACCUCCAAUGGAGGCAUGGAUUACGAGCUUCUCAUAUAUUUCAUUCUCGGCGGCGUAGUCAUUUUUGGAUUCGUCACAGACGCUUGUGGGUCGCAGUCCAUGAUCGGAGCUUUCAUGUUCGGACUCAUUAUACCCAAGGGGGAACUGGGAAUGAGGCUCAUGGAGAAGCUUGAAGACAUGGUGACUGGAAUUUUGCUUCCGGCCUUCUUCUGGACCAAUGGGCUCAAGGUCAACCUCAUAGAUUUAAGCAAGAGCGUUAACUUUGUUGUGCUGUUCAUAGUCGUAGUUUUGGCUUGCUUCAGCAAGAUCAUAAGCGCCUUCAUCUUCUCAAUGUUCCAGGGCAUGUCUGCUCGUGAAGGCAUCGCUCUUGGGGUGCUUAUGAACACAAAAGGAGUCCUGGCUUUGAUUGUUCUCAACUCCGGGCGAGACUUACCGGGUUUUGACCAACAAAUGUUCGCCACAAUGACGAUUGCAUUGAUAUUAAUGACUCUGAUAGGAAAGCCCAUUGCCAUGGCUACCACCAAGUCCACAAAGAAUGUAAAACAGUACAAACGCAGGACCAUUGAGAGGAGUAAACAUGACUCCGAACUUCGAAUACUUUCGUGCAUUCAUUCGGUCACCAACUUAUCAGGAAUGAUCAAUCUCCUCCAAGUCUCUAACCCCACCAAGCAGUCUCCCAUAUGCGUUUUCGCUCUCCAUUUGGUUCAACUCACUGCUAGACGUGUUUCUGCGAUGCUAAUUGUCCACGACGCUUACAAUCGCGCGCCUAGCUCUGGGCAAGAGAACCACAGCCGCGAAGUAGAAGAGUCUGAGCAUAUCAUCAAUGCCUUCCAAAGCUAUGAAAGCAAAUCCACGGCUGUGUCAAUUCAAGCACUCACAGUUGUGUCUCCAUACACCUCAAUGCACGAAGACGUUAGCAGACUAGCUGAGGACAAGAGAGUCAACCUCAUUCUGGUUCCAUUUCACAAACAGCCAGACGUUUAUGGGAAAUUGCAGGAGGAUGAGGACGCUUCUUUGAGAGCCGUGAACCAAAACCUCUUGGCAACAGCACCCUGCUCCAUGGGAAUACUUAUCGAUCGAGGCCUUGGAGAGUCCGAAGCUCAAAGCCACUUCAUCAUGCUCUUCAUUGGCGGGGCAGACAACCGCGAGGCCUUAGCUUAUGCAUGGAGAAUGGCAGGAUCAGCAAGCGUAACACUCACAGUAGUGCGGUUUCUUCCAAGUACACCGACGGUAGAUGAUGAAACAGAAGCUAUAACAGAGCAGGAAAGGGAGAGAAAGCUAGAUGAUGAGUAUAUCAACGACUUCAGGUUCAGGACAAUGUAUGAUCAGUCCAUAACAUACAUAGAAGCAGCAGUGAAUUCUGGGAAUGACAUUAUCACGUCAAUGAGAAGAAUGGAAGGUGAUUAUGACUUGUUUAUAGUAGGGCGAGGACAAGGAGCUUUACCGCAAUUGACAUCAGGACUAAUAGAAUGGAGUGACUGUGAGGAGUUGGGAGCAUUAGGAGACACGUUGCUUUCAUCUGAUUUUGCAGAGAAUUCAUCCAUUCUGGUAAUUCAACAACAUUAUGUUCAUGGAGCCACAGAUGGAGGAAGCAAGAGCGCCCACGGUCACAAUAAGUUCCAUUUUAAUCAUGGGCGUAUGACUUGGCUUUCACCCAAAUGA